GCAUUUGGCUCAGAAGACUUUGGCUUCUGAUAGUCAUGGAUUCACUAGGCUGCUGAGGGAGGGUCAUAACCUGUUGGAACCAUUUUUCGUGAGAACCUGAGCAUGGAGACUGUGAAUUGAGAUGAGACCAAGAGAAGUGACAAGACCAGGACCUCCCAAACUCCGGAAGAUGUGUGACCAACCAAAAUGCAACCCAUGCUGCCAGCCCAAACCCCAGUGUUGCAUUCAGCCCAAGUGCUGCGCUCAGCCCAAGUGCUGCGCUCAACCCAAGUGCUGCGCUCAGUCCAAGUGCUGCGCUCAGUCCAAGUGCUGCUGUUUGGAGCCUAAGCCCGAGUGCACGUGCCUGAAUAAGGAGGCUGAGCCCGUGUCACCCCAAACUCUGAACGAGAGCUCCCAAACCCAAAAGCAGACUCAAAGUCCAAAACAGGGGCCCAAGCCAGGUACCUGGGUGCAGACAAAGCCAAGCAAGUAGGUUGCCCCAAACAAGAAGAUGGGCCAUGCCAUUACCGGUGGGGUCAGGCUAGACCUACAUUUAGAAAAGAUGUUUCUCAUUGACCACCAUUUACUCCCAACCAGUAGCCCCUAUUUCCCUUCAUAGCCACCUCCCCACCUUAGGGAGGCCCCCAACUGGAAUGGAAGGUUGAAGAGACUAGAAUCAUCUUUCCUGGUGAUCCUGACAUUAGACAGCACAAAA